UUGUAGCUCAGCUUCAGGGACCGCGGUGACAUUCUGCUCGGCGCCGCGGGCAGGCCAGAGCCUCGGGUGAGAAAGAGAGGGCACCGUGCAGAAGCCAUCGCCCCCUGCAGAGCCGCCGGCGCGUCUGGAUGGAAGGAGCCACGACCCCAGACGCAGGCUCCAUGGAGCCAUUCGCCCUCCCGGGCCUGCUCUUCACCAUCACCCUGUUGCUCCUGGCCCUGCGCCUCCUCACCCAGCGCACCAGGCGACCUGGUGAACCUCCCCUGAUAAAAGGUUGGCUUCCUUAUCUCGGCAUUACUCUGAAGCUACAAAAGAACCCGUUAGCUUUCAUAAAGACUCUCCAAAGGAAAUACGGCGACACUUUCACUGUUCUGAUUUCAGGGAAGUAUAUAACGUUUGUUCUGAACCCCUUCCAAUACCAUCUUAUAAUGAAAAACCCCAAGCAAUUCAGCUUUCGGGAGUUCAGCAGACAGUUAUCAUCGAAAGCCUUCUCCAUCAAGAAGCUGAAAACUAACGAUGACCUUAGUGAAGACAUUCACAGAGCCUACGAGUUUCUACGAGGCAAAGCUUUGGACAGUCUCCUAGAAAACCUGAUCCAAGAACUAAAAGAAAUUGUUGAGCCCCAACUACUGAAAACCACAGACUGGAAUACAUCAAGACUGUUUCCGUUCAUUAGCUCACUGGUAUUUGAGACCACAUUUACGACUAUACAUGGAAAACUUCUUGCUGGUAACAGGAAAAAAAUUAUCAGUGAGUUAAGAGACGAUUUCUUAAAAUUCGAUGACAUGUUUCCAUACUUAAUAUCUGAUAUACCCAUUCAGCUUCUAAGACAUGUGAAAUCUAUGCAGGAGAAACUUAUAAAAUGCUUCACGUCAGAAAAACUAGAUCAGAUGCAUGGAUGCUCAGAAGUUGUUCAGGAAAGGAAAGAGAUUCUGAAAAAACACUAUGGGCGUGAAGACUUAGAAAUAGGAGCACAUCAUCUUGGCUUUCUCUGGGCCUCUAUGGCAAACACCAUUCCAGCUAUGUACUGGGCAGUGUAUUAUCUUCUUCGGCACCCAGAAGCUGUGGAAGCGCUGCGUGACGAAAUUGACAGCUUCGUGCAGUCAACAGGUCAAAAAAAAGGGCCUGGACUUUCCAUCCACUUCACCAGAGAACAAUUGGACAGCUUGGUCUGCCUGGACAGCACGGUCCUCGAGGUUAUGCGGCUGUGCUCAUACUCCACCAUCGUCCGAAAAGUUGAAGAGGAUAUGAAUUUCAACUUAGAGACUAGCAACUACUAUCUACGAAAGGGAGACUAUGUGGCUGUCUUUCCUCCCAUCCUGCACAUGGACCCAGAAGUCUUUGAGGCUCCAGAGGAAUUUAGAUUUGAUCGAUUCCUAGAAGACGGCAAGAAGAAAACAACGUUUCUCAAGGAAGGGAAAAAGCUGAAGUAUUACGUUUUGCCAUUUGGAUUUGGAGCCAACAAAUGUCCAGGCCGAUAUUUUGCAAUUAUUGAAAUGAAGCUACUAUUAGCUAUGCUUUUAACUUAUUUUGAUUUAGAAAUAAUUGACAAGGAGCCUGUAGGACUAAACUACAGUCGUUUGUUGUUCGGUAUUCAGCAUCCCGAUUCUGAUGUCUCAUUCAGGUACAAGGCAAAAUCUUGGAACAUCUGAAAGGAUGGCCAAGAAACUUAUCAGAGUGAAGCUACGUGCGCUGAGCUCUGUGGUUUGUUGUAUGCCUGCAAAUGCAACAGCUAUGCUUCUUUGUUUGAAAAUGACAAAUUUAUAUUUGAUCUAAAAUUGAUUCAGUUUGUUCUUGGUCACAAAACCUAUCAUAAGAUAAAGCAGGGCGGUAGCCUAAAAACUGUCAGGGCAAUCAUUUCAGGGUAAGUUCAAAGUAACAAUUUUCACUUUGUACUUACUGUGCUUUUUAUCAUUGGUUGUGAAUGUGCUUUUCCGGUAAUAAAUUUGGCCUUGGGUGAUUUUUUUUUUUUUUAAGUUACUGAAAUCCUCUAAUAGGAUUUUAUGUACUGCUGGAAGAGUGUGCCUUUGGACAGCCAAACAACUUCCAAAUUCUCAGAAGAGAAGGAAAUUAAUUCCCAGGAGUUACACUGUAUGAAAUGUUCCCUUCAAGUGGAGUAUCAAUAAUGUCUAUAUUACCAGCGUACCUUUGCAUUAAAUGAGUGUUACAAUAGAUUAAAUGUUCCAACUUCCCUUCAAUAUUUAACUGCCCAUAAAUGAUUUUUAUAACUUGUGUAUUCUACAUUUCAAUAGAACAAAAUUUCUUGUUAUACAAAAACCUUUCAUGUUCAAGUUAAAUACUGCUACAAUUUAAUAUAUAAGAAAACACAAAACCUAUUAUAUAUUCAGCAAUUGCUCUAGACAUUAGUAUUAGAUUUAUUUUAGAGGGAAAUGUUGAAGUCAUUAUAGCAUUGAUGGUAGUAUUGGUCUUUAGUAUAAACUGUGUUAUUCUAAUUGUAAUGAACUCUUUAAUAAAUGUUCCCAUUUAUAUAAACUGGGAAUUAGGUACUAUUACUUAUUCACAACCUUUUGGUCUUGGAGGUUAGUUGUAUUAUUUUGGACUAUCACACUAAACUAUACAAAAUAAUUUCAUAUGAUACAAUACAGCCUGUAUCAAUAAUUAAAAGAUUUCUACUAUAAAAUUUCCCAGUGAUUGACAUUUGGCAUAAAUGGAGACAUGAAAUGCAAACUCACAGGGCAAAUAAUUAAGCCAGAUUAAUUCAUGCUGCAUUAAUUGAAAUUCUAAUGCUUUGGAAAUUUUAUAUUGCUGUUAGAAAGGAAAUUGAUUUAAAAUAGCACUCUAAAAUGCUUAUCGUAAAUACAACAAAGUAGCAUUUUUUUUCUCCUUUCUGGAGCAUAUGUUCAUUGAAUGCUCCUUGCAUGAAGGUCUACUGACAUGAAUUCUGUUUUUGCUUGAUUAAAGUGGUCUUUAUUCCCAAUCUCCUUCUUUUUAAAAAUUGCAAAAUGACCAUUCAUAAUUAUAUAAAUUCACCAGAAUACAAAGUAAAGUUAUGGUUUAUGAAAAUGAUGUGGAAUGAUUAGACCAAUCCAGAAUUAAAUCAACCCAGAUAUUUAUGCAACUUUUAACAUAGAGUGCUCUAUUAUUAACUAUAUUCACAAGGUGAUAUACUAAAACUCUUCCCACCCACCCCCCACUGCCAAAGACUGUAAUUCUCCUGGUUGGGAUGGUUUUACUUUUUGAUCAUUUCUCCUACACAUUCCUAGCCUCUAUAAUCAUUAUUUCACUCUGUGCUUUGAUAAGUUUGAUUAUUUUGAAUUUUAUAUAUUCUAAUAUUUUUCCUUGCUAUGACAAGAAGAUUGUGACAAGAACAGUUACUUGGGGAGAAAAGAAUUUAUCAGAGGUAACACAUCCAAAUCAUAAUCUAUUGUUGAAGGAAAUCAAGACCUGAACUCGAGUCAGGAACCUGAUACAGAGAAAUGCUGCAUACUGGCUUGCUCACUGGCUCAUUCUUAUCUAGUUUUAUUAACCACACCUACCAGCCCAGGAAAUAGUACUGCCCACAGUAUCUUCACCCUGCUACAUUAAUCAUGAAGGCAAUCUUUUACUGGCAUGGCCACAGGCAUCUGAUGAAGGCAAUUCUUCAGUUGAGGUUCUCUCUUCCUAGAUACUCUAGAUUGAACCAAGAUUACAUUAAAACUAAUACAUGAGGUAGAGUCCAUAGUAUUCGUCUGUCUCUGGUUGCUUUUACUUCAUAUCCUCUAAAUCAGUCUAUGUUGAAUCAAAUAACAGAAUGUAUUUUUCAAGACCAAGCAAUAUUCCAUCAUGUGUAUAUACCACAUGGUCUUUAUUCAAACGCUGUCUCUAACCACCCCUACCUCCUCCAUACAAUUUCAUGACACCCUUCAUUCUCCUGGAAACAAAGGACACAUGGGAUGUCCCAUCCCCAGGCCCAUCUGUCCCUCUUCUUUCUUGAGAGUCUCUCUGGUUGAAUUUUGAACCACCAACAUCAUAUCACCUUUCAAAUUUUCCAUCUCACGAAUUUUCUUAGUUCAGUGAUUGCAUUUUUUGGUUGGUAACUCAUUGUUCUUCAUGUAUGCCUGGCCAUAUUUUGCAAAAAUCUUGUUCCUUUAAUACAUUUUACUAUCCCUGUAACUACAGUCAACAUGGUUUAUAUUCUGCACCUGGCAUCUCCAGCCCACUCCUGUUUUAUGCGUCUGAUUUUGUAGUUUCCCCUUCCCAUCAGCGCUUCCUAUAGUUUAACUACUGAGUCCGUAUGUGUUCCUUGGAAUUUUACUUCUGGAAAAUGUUUCUUUUUUUCUUUUCUUUUCUUUUCUUUUUUUUUUUUUUUUUGAUUUUUAUCCAAUUACUUGUAUAUAUAUCACAGUAGUUCUUUUUUUUUUGGUUGGUUGGUUUUUAUUUAUUUUAAUUGAAAAAAUUUCCAGCCUCUCCCAGCCUCCCAUUUCCCUUCCCCUGCUCCCACUCCUCUCCCCCUGCUCCCACUCCUUUCCCCCUCCCGCUCCAGUCCAAAGAGCAGUCAGGGUUCCCUGCCCUGUGAGAAGUCCAAGGUCCUCCCCCCUCCAUCCAGGUCUAGGAAGGUGAGCAUCCAAACAGGCUAGGCUCCCACAAAGCCAGUUCAUGCAGUAGGAUCAAAACCCAGUGCCAUUGUCCUUGGCUUCUCAGCAGCCCUCAUUGUCCUGGGAAAUGUUUCCGAUCUGGGUUUAAUGUUCAUUCCUCAAAGUAUAAACUGUGCUUGGUUUUGUCUUAUUGUUCAUGUUUCUGUCAAAUUCAGAUUCCUGAGGAUGCUCAACUAGAAUAUUUUGGAGGCGACAUGGUACAUUGCUAACUGUGAAUUCCAGCCUUAAAGGAAACACUAUGAUUAAGGGCAUUUUGUUUUGAUUGGGGAUUUUGUUGUUGUUUUGCUGUAUGUUUGCUUGCUUACUUGUUUGCUUGUGAGACGGGGCCUCAUUGUAAAGCAAAGUUAUGCCUCACAAAAUUAUGCCUGCCUCUGCAUCCUGAGUGCUGGACUUAAAGGGAAUACUUAAAACCCGUAAUCAGGAAAAGGCAGGAGCCACAUUUGAUUGCUUUUUUGUUUCAACCAGAAACAAAUUAAGAAUACAAAUAUGUCUAAUCUUGCACUGUGGAGCAAUGUUUCUAGUCCAUCUACCAAGGAUGUUGGCUCUGAAAAUUACUGACUUUGUGCAGAGGUCUUGGAUUUUAUACACAUACGUGUGCACAUGCUCAUACAUGGGUGCUUAUGCCAUGUUGAACCCUAGACUGUCUCUUCUACCUGACACAAAACCCAAUCUAUUUCUGUUUUCUUAUGUUUAUUAGUUCUUUGUGAAUUUUGUACAAUGUGUUUUGAUAAUAUUCCUUACCCUCCCCCAACUUCUUCCAGAUGCAUCUCCAUCUCUUCUCACCUGGUCAACUUUGUGUCCUUAUUUCCCAUCAUGUACAGUUGAUGCUGCCCAUAUAUGCUUGGAUGUGUGGCGGUACUGGAACUUGGUUGGUCCUCCAGUGUCCAGACCCUUAAAGAAAACUCAGUUUCCUUUUCCCAGCAACUUUCAGUUUCCAGUUGCUCCUCAGCUAGGAGUGGGAUUUCACUCCCAUCUCCCCCAGGCCUUGUACCUGCUAUCCUAACCACCAUUGUUCAUAUCUUCAACUGCACUGGUAUGCUCAGUAAAUAUUGUUUUCUAGCAAUCAUCAACUAAGCCUGGAUCUCACAAUCUUUCUGCCUCUUCUGUAAUCAUUCCUGAGCCUUGGAAGGGGGAAAUAUAAUACAGAUGCACCUCUAAAUCUGAACAUAUCACAAUCUGCUAUUCUAUGAACCUUGACCAGUUGGGGUCUCUGUGAUAAUCACAAUCUAUUGGAAAAAUAAGUUUCUCUGAUGAUGCUUGAGAUAUUCAUUAAUCUUUGGGAAGAACAGUAAAAUAAUAAGAGACUGUUUAAUACAUCAUGUUCACUUAGUAAUAGCAGUAGGUUCUCCCCAUGUCAUAUGUCUGUCUCACUACAAGUUCUUGGCUCCAAUCACGGUGCCAAGUACGGGUUUCAACUUAUGAACUGGGCCUUAAAUCCAAUCAGAAAGUGAUUGGUUAGUCCCAUGAUGUAUGUGCCACUAUUGCACCAGUCAUUAUUGUAGCUCAUCUAGGUAAGAUUGAUGGAUGUGCUUUUCCCCCUGGUAACACUCAUCUUCCAGCACUAUAAAAGCUACCAAUUGGGGAUAAAGUUUCCAGGCCAGUACAGCCUUGCUACAUAACUCCAGUUAGGCAGUGUCUUUAGAAGUGGGGUUUUACCGUCAAACUCUAGAUGGUAUCCAAGAAUAUUGCAAUAAAUGUAAUGUUUGGGGGGUCUAUGUGACCUCAAUGACUAGCAAUUCCAAAGGAGAUAACCUAUUCCUGACAUUGGGUGGGGCUUUUUAUUUCUUGUUCCAUGGUGUAUAGUUGGUAUAUUGUUGACUCAUUAUAGGAUAACUCCAUCAAAAUUCAUUUUAUAUAUGUGUGUGCAUAUAUUUUAGAAGAACUGGUUGAUUCAGUAUUCCUUAUUUCCUAGUUAGGGUGACUUGCUCAUUGAAUGGACGUUUGGUGAAAAUGCUAUCCUGGCAUUUAUUCACACUCUAUAGAACACUUACUGAGUGCAUCAAAGUGUGUAGAACUAUCUGGAAUUAGCAUGCUCUUGUAAGUAAUAAUGUUCAUUUUCUAUUCAGAGUAGGGCUUGAUAAAAAACAUUUUAUGGUUAUGUCAGACUCUAGAGAGUAUUAGAUAUUAGAAAAGGCUAUAUUACUAUAGACACAGUAAAUAGUGCUUGGAGAUAGAAUUAUCUAUUUUAUAUAUAGCAACAAUUUGUGAUUAUAACUGAAGCUAGCAGAAAGAGAUAAAAAUACCAGAUAAAGGUAAUAGUAUCUAGGAUUCAUCACUCAAAUGAUAUUAAAUAUUUGUAAGUAUGAUGCAUGUACCAUGCAGAGGAAUUUACUUACAAAACAAAAAACAAGCAAAAAUAACAUUCCACAUAACUUCCAUUUCUAAGAACUAGCUAUUGUAGUUAAUAUUAAAUGUGUGACAUUAGUAUUUGACAGAUGGACAUUUUAAUAAAUGUUUGUCUUUUAUUUCUGAAGUUAAUGUUAAAACAGGCAGAACUUUGUUCUAAAAUUAUAAUUUUAAGGACCUUAUAACGAGCCACAUAAUUAAGAGAUUUUUUAAGUACCUUGGUCUUACACAUUUAAAGGAAUGUUUGUUUCAGUGUUGAACUCAUCUGAAUUCUCAAUGAAGAUCGUGGUCUUCAUGCAACAGUGCUUUUACUCUUUGUUAUUAGCAUCGAUUUUCAAAUUUUAAACUAACUUAUUUUGAAUUAGCUUAACCCUACUGAAAAGUUAUAAAAAUUCUUUUCACUUUUAAGGAAGAAAGUAGACUAAACAGUACUUUCAAAUAAUUAAACCUAAGGAAGGCCUCUUGGGCCAUCGAACAUUUUCAUUAACCUUUGACCCCAGGUAAUGAGCGUCCAGAGCUCUUCUUCAGGGCAAGAGAUCACAGAUGAUGACUGAGCCACGGGCAUAUCUUACAUUUGCUGUCACAUCCAUCCCCAUCCUCCAAAUAAUUGGCUUACUUUCGUAGAAAGUAAUUUGUAACUGUUAAAAAGUACACUUUGUUGAGCAAUUACAUAUUUUUAAAAAUCAUCACCUGUUUGAGAUACUUACACUUUAAAUAUAUGUAUAUCUGAUGUUUAUGCAAAAGAAAGUUACAGUUACGUAGACCCAUGAAUUGGCCGACCCCACUUUCUGAUAGACCAAGCUUUCCAUAGAUGGAUGCCUUUUCUGUGCUUCUGUGGAGGCCUGGUUACGAAAACAAUUUCUUCCCAUCGAUGCCUGGGAUAAAGAGCGCAGGCUCGGCCUGACCCCUGAUUUUGACUAUGAACCCUCAGGGAGACCAUGCACAGCAAAUUGAGCUUCAUUUACUUGACAGUGUAUGGUUUAGCAUUUUUAACUCCACCACCAUUACCACCAGCACCCGGAGAGGGGUAAAAUGUCUUUCCAAAGAAUGCGUGAGGAAAUUCUUGCACCAAAUACUUCGAUAGUUGUCAGAGUUAAAUAAAAGUCUAAAAUGAGGUUGGGUCAUGAGGUAUUUUUAUGUUGAAUUCUGAAUUCUUAUCUUCUAUUAGCAUGACAGGUUUGAGCUGAAACCAUCCUCCUGAUAAAAAUAAAUUAUUAAGACUGAGAAGCAUUUGUAAAUAAUAGAUCUUCAAAUACACCUGGACCUAAUCCUAAAACUUAUAAGGAAAAAAUAAUACUUGCUUUAUAUAACCACUAAUACCAUUUUAACAUUUUGAUGAAGAUGUUAAUUUAUGGUUGGUUAGCAGUUUAUGACUGUCAUUAGGUUUUCAGUUUGAUCCACAUUAGAAAUCUAUUUUUCUUCUUUCUUUUAAUCUGUAAUAAUUAUAUAAAGAUAUGGUUAUGUUUUAUCUAAAAUAUAUCACUCUACUAUAGCAUUUCAAAUUAUUCACAGAUCAUAGUUCUUAU